CUAUAUAUACACGACAUGUGGGUAGCCAGUGAGCAGCAAAUGGAGGCCAUGGCAUGCUCUGUUCUCGUGGUAGCAGCCCCCCUGUUAGCUUCCUUGUUACUUCACUUGUACUUCAAGUGGUGGAGCAGUGGCCCGUAUAAAGCGAAAGGGAGGCUGCCCCCGGGAUCUAGGGGUCUCCCGGUUCUUGGGGAGACGCUGGAGUUCUUCCGCCAGAGCCCAUCUCUCGAGCUGCAUCCGUUCUUCAGGCGACGCCUAGAGAGGUACGGUCCAAUUUUCACGACAAAUUUGAUCCAUGAAGACCUAGUGGUGUCCCUCGAUUCAGAGUUAAAUAACUUGGUGUUCCAACAAGAUGAGAAGCUCUUUGAGAACUGGUGGCCGGAGUCGGUCAUGAGAAUAAUUGGUGCUGAAAGUAUUAUUCCAACAAUGGGGUCCUUCCACAAGCAUGCCAAGACUUUGAUCCUUCGUCUCUUCGGCCCCGAAAAUCUCAGGCAGGUCCUACUCCAUGACGUGCAGAGAACGGCUCACGCAAGCCUGCUUUCCUGGCUUAAUCAGCCAAGCAUCGAACUGAAGGAGGCAACCUCAAGUAUGAUAUUCAGCGUUACAGCCAAGAAACUCAUCAGCUACGACUCCUCAAACUCAGACGGGAAGUUGUGGAAACAUUUCGAUGCAUUCCUUCAGGGACUACUGGCAUUUCCACUUUACAUUCCUGGCACAGCAUUCUACAAAUGUAUGCAGGGGCGAAAGGAGGUCAUGAAGAUACUAAACAAACUUCUCGAUGAAAGAAAGAAGGCAGCUCGACAGGAAAGAGUUGACUUCAUCGAUCUCCUGAUCGAUGUACUUACAGAGGAGAAGCCUGCAAUGAGCGAGAAUUUUGCACUGAAUUUGAUCUUCCUGCUGCUUUUCGCUGGCUUUGAGACAACAUCAUCCGGGAUAACUGCUGCAGUCAAAUUUCUAACUGAUAAUCCCAAGGUCUUGCAAGAACUAACAGAUGAACACGACAACAUUCGAAAAAGAAGGGCAAGUCCUGAUUCUGAAAUCACAUGGGAGGAAUACAAAUCCAUGAAAUUUACAUCGUAUGUUAUACAUGAAUCACUGAGGCUGGCUAAUAUUGCCCCGGUGUUAUUUAAAAGAGCAAGAGAGGAUGUUCAUAUAAAAGGUUACACUAUUCCGGAAGGAUCAAAGGUCAUGGUGUGCCCUUCCGCUGUUCACCUUAAUCCUACUAUUUACAAGGACCCCGAAGCAUUCAAUCCAUGGAGGUGGAAGGAUACCGUCGAACCACUUGGUGGCGCCUCCAAAAAUUUCAUGGCCUUCGGUGGGGGUUUGCGGUUAUGUGUUGGUGCAGAUUUUGCCAAGCUACAAAUGGCUGUCUUCCUCCAUUAUCUAGUUACUAAAUACAGGUGGAAAGCCAUCAAGGGAGGAAGCGUGGUGUUUUCUCCAGGACUACGAUUUCCAGACGGCUUUCACAUCCAACUUUUCCCAAAAACUUGAAUAAGUUGUUCAACAAAACGGCUUAAUUUGGAACCUACAUAAUAUUAUGUUAAUUAUAUGGUCGGUAAUUUGUGAUCGUUGAAAGUAAGGUCAUCCAAUAGUAGUAGUAUGUAGCCCUCGUUACGAAACAGGACUAGUGACCUGAAA